AUGGAGACGUCAACCACGCAGUCCCUUAUCAUUUCCCUGGCAAUCGUUGUCGCCGUUUUUGUUGGUGGCUUCUUCGCUUACCAGCAGGGCAUGUUGGACCCCAUCAUCGAGCAGAUUGGUAUCAUGAUGUUCAAGGCAAAGGCCGAGGCGGAGAAGAAGAAACUUCAGGCCCAGGGGCAGAAGGCCGGACAAGACUUUGUUGAUGAGCAGCUCAAGGGAAACAAACAAGCGGCUGAGGUCGCGGACGGCAUUGGAUCCCUCGGCGGACUGAAGAAGCAGCUUUAA